CAUUUGCCUUCGAGACGAACUUCAGAGAUGAGGUUGUAUCUUCUGUGUUUCCUUGUUCUAAUCAUUCUCGUUGCUACAUUGUAUGCUGAUGACAAUGUAGCCAAACCUAGAAAGGGUAAAUCUAAGGGUCCAACUGGUAAAGGAAAAGGUCCAACUGGUAAAGGAAAAGGUCCGACUGGAAAAGGAAAAGGUCCAACUGCCAAAGGUCCAACUGCCAAAGGCCCAACUGCCAAAGGCCCAACUGCCAAAGGUCCAACUGCCAAGGGUCCUACGGGAGACUACUGCAAGGGCCCAACUGGAAAAGGAAAGGGUCAUACCGCCAAAGGAAAAGGAAAAGGUAACACGGGUAAAGGAAAGGGACCUACAGGACGCUACAAAACUGUUUGUAAUUGCCCAGCUUCAAAAUUAUCCACUGAAUUGAAGGAAGCAUGGAAGCUUUUCCUUAAAGAAAAAGGACUAAAGAACGGUCCAAAUUUGAUCAAGUUAUUGAAUGCUGCUUAUUUACCUUACGAUUGUUUCUUGAAGUUGGAGUAUGAUUGUUCCCUACUCACCGAGAAACCAUUACCUCUUGCUGCUGCGGUUACCCAAGCGUGUCAUAUGUCAUCCUACACUUUUCUACAACCGUUCGUUAUGGUCCUCCUCAAAUGCUCUGUACCUGAAAAGGAUGAAUGUACAUUCUUACAAAAAUUAAAAGAGGAAGCUGAUUGCGAUGUUCCAUCACAAAUUACUAAAUUAUAUUCUGGAAAGUGUGGUUUUGGAGAUAUUCCUGGCAAUGAAUUAUUAAUAUUCACCAAAUACGAGCUAUUUAUCUUGAUUAAGAGUAAAACCACCAUUAUCCAAUACUUGAAGAUAAUCAUUAGAGUACUUGUUGAGGAGACAGUUGAUUAUAAAUUGCAGAUUUCAUGGCGAUUAUUCAAAACUAUGCCUUGUCGAAUUAAAUAUUUUAUCGCUGAUAAAAUAGCGGAAUAUUUGAAUUUAAAUGAUUGGGAUGAAGCUAAAUUAGCCUAUCUAUUCUUUCCGUAUAUGCAUAGAAACUACUGCAAAUCGAAUAAAUUGAGUAAUGCAAACAUUCUACAAAUUAUAACCAAUAGAGUAUCUUUAAAAUUUGGUCAUGUUGAUUUUCAAUGUAAACCUGGUCAAAGUUCUAUGCCUGGUUCUUACUAUGAUACAGCCAUAUAUAGUCCAAUUUGUGAAAGAGGCUGCGGAAUGGAGCUUGGCUUGCGAAUAGCUGCCCUUAACAACUUCAAUUCUAUCUAUGACAAUAUUGGAUCUUUGAAAUAUUGCAUUAAAUCUAAACAAAUCAUUAAGCAUAUCACUUGCGCAAAUGUUGAUCCUUUCUCCGUUGGAUGGACUUAUAUGGCUAAUAUACUCUCUAAAUGUUGGCCAAAAUUCAAUGGCAAGAGAAAGAUAACCAGCGAAUUUACAAUAAUCGAAGUUAAAGAAUUGAAUUACGCCAUUAUUGCUAUAUCUUUCACUCAAUUUAAGAAGAUAAAGAAGAAUGUUAUCUGCGAUAGUGGCGUGUUAGAUCAUUUCAAACCAAUUUUCAGUAAACUAGGAAAGUUUUCUGAACCAUACGAAAAUUAUAUAGCACGAAAGUGUUACAGUGAUGUCACUACAUACGACGAUACAAUUCUCGCUAGAAUCGGAAAUGCGGCUUUCGAUGUCAGUCCCAAGACCUUCAUAUCCACUAGUAAAACUGUUCUAGUUCAAAGAAUUGAUCAAUUAAUCGUUGCAUCUUCGUACGGAAAUCGGGGUUCAAUUAAAGCAUUUACAAGCCGAUUUACUCAGUCAAGUGACGCAACAACAGUUGUAAAAUUCCUUUCUAGCCGUCAUAUAUCAAGGAAUAUUAAUAUUAGAGAUUUCGAUUCAGUUUUCACCAAUACGGAAGCUAGUUUUUCAAAAUUACGAACUCUUAAACAAACGAUCAAAUCGUUCCAUUUAAGACGAUAUGUAACCGAAAAAUUGUUUAAAUAUAAGCCAGUUCUAAACUACGAAGAUGUCAAGAAAAACAUUAAACUUCUGCUGGGAAUUGAUUCUACUUCAAUAUCAUUACUUGAUAAAUCUAAGCGCUUAAAGGUUAUUAUCGAAUUAUGCAAUGAAGCGGGAUGGAACUGUAAGCAGGCCAAAGCCAUCAGAACAACUUUGAUGGAGGCUUUACAACAACAGAAUAAAGAUAACCCAUGGAGUUCACUGACAUUGACGGAUGUUGAAAAAUUUAGCCCUAUAUGCUUGGCUUUCUUUGCUACCUCAGACUUGGAAGACAUGCAUUCUAAUGUUAGGAAAGCUGUCUGUAAAAAGAUAGGAUCGACGACAAGACUUCAAUGUUGCUUGUCUGCAGAACAACGAGCAGCAAUUGCAAACACCUGCUUCAAUUAUUUAGAUGCUGAUGACGAUGGAAAAAUCUCUGAUGAGGAAGCCUCAUUUUUAGGUUCCCUCUUGCCCUACAGUCAAGAUCUCUUGGAAAAGCUUGAUGAAACAGUCAUUGACAAUAAAGCUCAAUUGUUCAGAAAGAGCUGCUUGAAUAAGAAAGCUAGAAGUUAUAUUAUCAAGAAAUUAAUCAGCAAAAGAGGAUCCAAACUAUUCACUGAGAGCGAUAUCACUAAAUAUGGCUCAUUUUUGGCCGAAUUCGAUCCAGGACUCAUCAAAAAUAUAAGAUCGAGUCUUGUAGACAACGUUCAACAAACUCUUUCAGAUAUCGAAACAGAUUCAUCAGAUGACGAAGAGAACGACAUGGUCUGUUGCGAAAGAGAUUUUGAUGCUGAAGACCGAACUUAUAUGACUUCAUUCAAAUUAAAGGUCAGAACUAUGGUUGUAACAAGUGUUGAAACUGAAAUUUCCACCACUAUCGCGAGAAAGAAGAGAGCAACUCCAUCUUUAACUUGCGAUAAUCUUAGAGCUAUGGGUUCAGCUGUGGAACAAUUGAGCUCCGAUAAAUUGUCCCAAUUGGAUGAUGCAGUCUUCUCCGAUUGCUUAGACUUUUUGGGUGGAAACGCCAGAAGAUGGAGUGAAGAUCAGUUGAAAGCCUUGGUUAACAAAUUAGGAGAUCCUUGCAGCAAGGACGCUGAAGAUCAAGCAAGAAUAGGAUCAAUUUCAUAUGGUCUAAGUGUUGAUAAAUUGAGCUGUCUGAAAAUGGAUGUUGAUGCCGUUGUUCAAGAGUUGGGAAGUCUUUCUAAAUUCUCUCCAGAACAACUUCAAGCUUUAGCAAAAGCAUUUUUGAACAAGAGACAAAUUACAGACACUUCCACCUUAGACUCCACUCUCUUAACAACAAUGGCACAUAUUGUUGGUGGAUUGACCACUGCUCAGAUCUCAAAAAUUAAAGGAAGCGCCUUGAAGGAGACUCCAACAAUCGGUGAUCUCAAAUGGGUACCUUACGAUCAAUUGAAGGCCCUUGCAGAUGUAUUGAAGACAGCUAAUGCUUUCGGACAAGUUAAAGAUUGGAACGCUGGAAAGCAUGCACAAGCAGGCGUUAUCAUUGGAGGAUUGGAGAGCGACGACAUGAAAUCAGUUGAAGGCAAACACAUAGAGAGCUGGACUGAGAGCGGUGUUCAACAUCUGCCUGGAUCUGUGUUGAAGACACUCACUAAUUCCCAAUUAGGCUUCUUCAGCAGACAGCAAGCACUUGCUAUUUCUGAAAAAGCAAGGAAGGAUCUAUCCAAGGAUCAAUUGAAGAUUCUCGGUUUGCCUUACAAUUCGACAACUGAGCAACCAAACGGUGCAUCGGCUGUAUUUGCUGGCGUUAGUCUUAUCUUCUCUUCCAUAUUAAUGAUGCGUCUCUUUUAA